CCCUCACUGUGGUGUCACUGGUGGACUUAGGUGAUGCUGGGAUGGAGGAUAUAUAAACCAGUGCCAUGUUCACUGCCACAGGACUGAAGCGUUCGGACUUUGAUUCAAGAUGCCAAACUGGGGAGGAGGAGCCAAGUGUCCGGCCUGUGAGAAGUCGGUGUACCAUGCAGAGGAGAUCCAGUGUAAUGGGAGGAGCUUCCAUAAAACCUGCUUCAUCUGCAUGAGCUGCAGGAAGGGCCUGGACAGCACCACGAUGGCCGCGCACGAGUCCGAGAUCUACUGCAAGUCCUGCUACGGCAAGAAAUAUGGGCCCAAAGGCUACGGAUACGGGCAGGGAGCCGGAGCUCUGAGCUCGGAUCCUCCCGGACGGAACCUGGACCUGCGCUCUCACGAAUCUAAACCCAAACCCGCCACAACAAACUCAGACCCCAGUAAAGGUCAGCAGAAGUUCGGCGGGUCGGACCGCUGCCCUCGCUGCUCGAAGGCCGUGUUCGCAGCCGAGAAGGUGAUGGGAGCAGGAAAGCCCUGGCAUAAAACCUGUUUUCGCUGUGCACUGUGCGGUAAAAGCCUCGAGUCGACCACAGUGACCGACAAGGAUGGAGAGCUGUACUGUAAAGUUUGCUACGCUAAAAACUUUGGCCCGAAAGGCUUCGGCCUGGGGAACGAGGCCAUGCUGGAGGAGCGGCAGUGAACGACUGCUCCUCUGAUUUGAAGGAGACGCUCUCAUUGGACAUUUAAGUUUCUGUGUAACUGGGAAUCAGGAUCUUCCUUUGACAGCAGAACAACUGGAUGAAUGUCAAAUGAUGGUGCUUGAUUCCAACAUAAACAUGUUUUGAUAUUUUAAAAUGCAUCUUUCUCAAUAAUGAAUAAAGCAAAACAUGUAAAUAAACGUCUUUCAUCUCACUUGCUACUUUCAAAAAGAAUAAUCAUUAUAAAUAUUGUCACAAUAUCGUCUGUAUCUCUAAAAUUAGAAAGUAGAAAAUCAUUGUUUGUAAUACGACUGUAAAACGACUCCUGACCCUGUUUAUAAGUCAAUGAGUUUCCACCAGUUACCUCCAGCUGUGAAAAAGGCAAUUAACAGGGCCUCAUCUUGUCAAAGUUAAUUAUUUAUAACCUUAUUCACAUUCAUACAUAAUUCAGUGCAAUAUUUAAUCAGAAUAAUUGAGGCAACAAGUGAUUAGCAGGAGGAAUGUGGAGCGUGUGUUCCCAACAAUAAAGUGUGAGCAGCCGAGCGGAGCAGCACCAGAUUACACCUGUAACUAGAAUUAGAGCCGUUGUCUCGUGUUAUUAAA